AUGAACCAUGGCAAGAUGACGGAGCUUCCGUCUCAGCAGGCCUGGCGGGAAAAGGUGACGUUGUGCAUCAUCAUUGCCGGCAUGAUGUGUUGCAUGGGCUUUAUGACCUUUGGUCUCAAGCCCGCACUCUGUCCCGACGAUGGCCAGGACGUGUAUACGCACACGUUCUUUGACCCAAAGGAUCACACAUCGGUCCUCUACAACGACGACGUGGUGGUCUUUGGGAACAUCUACUCCUUCAGCGACAUGUCCACUCUGCUGGCUUCAACUAUUUUGGUCAAUCUAACGGCGGACUGGCACGGCCAGGACCUCACGCAGCUGUUCAAACCCGCCACGGAUCUGUGUUCGGACUACAUCAAGAUCGAUCCCGCUCUAUGCAGCGUCCCAAACCCGUUUCCGCUGUCGCUGCCUCUCCAGCCAGCCAAGGGGAUGCCCUGUCCCAGCAUCAGCAUCUUGUCUGCUCUUCGGCCCAAAGGAAGGCUUGCCUUUGAUCUAUCCGAGGUGAUCUCCCAUACUGCACCGCCACACAUACUGACGGCCUUCAAUGGGCAUGUCUUGAACCUCACGCAGUACUUUGCCCGAAACAAGUUUCUGAGCAACUACACCUCCAUCGAAACCGAGCUCGAGUACAUUGUCGGAAAGGACGGAACCUACGGCAUGGCUCAGAGCCGCGACAGACUCAAAGCCGUCAUGUGCCUCCAGCAGCUGUACAUGGUCGGCUAUGUGCAGCAACCAACGGCCGGCUGCGCCGCCUCCUUUGCAAUCGUGACCAUCGUAUCGAUCAUUGUGGUGGGAACGGUCAUGGCCCGUCUGGUAAUCGCGCUCAUGUUCCACUGCUUUCUGUCCAAGAAGAUGACAUCCAAAUAUGCCACCUCGAAGCGAGGGCGCAGCCAAAUCCCAGACCAAGACAAAGAGCCCUACGUGAUAUGCAUGAUUCCAUGCUACUCGGAGGGCCGAGAGGGCAUUGGCGGGACUCUUGAGUCGCUCUGCAAUGCAAAGUAUCCCAAUGCCAAGAAGCUGUUCUUCUUGAUCGCGGACGGAAUCAUUUGUGGACAAGGAAACGAAAAGCCCACGUCCGAGAUCUGCAAGGAGCUCUUCACUAUCGACCCAGAGCUCACCGUGGAGCCCAAGAGCUACGAAUCCAAUGCCGUGGGCAAGAAGAAGCACAAUAUGGCGCAAGUGUAUGCCGGCAAGUACAAAGACGUGCCCACAAUUCUCGUUGUCAAGUGCGGAAACAAGGACGAAUGCGAACAAGCCAGGCAAUCUGAUAUUGGCAAAGUCAAGCCCGGCAACCGUGGCAAGCGGGACUCGCAACUGAUCCUGAUGAAGUUUCUGUCGAGGCUCGAGUUCAAAGACCGCCUGACAGAGUUGGACUACGACAUGUACUCCAAGAUCCAAGCUGUUGCGACCAGUCCGUUCAAAUAUGAAAUCAUCUUGAUGGUGGAUGCCGACACAGUGGUUGAUUCUGCGUGUCUUGGGCACAUGAUCGACGCCAUGAAUGCCGAUCCGCAUGUGAUGGGGCUCUGCGGCGAGACACAGAUUUCGAACAAGUCCGCGAGCUGGGUCACUUCCAUUCAAGUCUUUGAGUACUACAUCUCCCAUCACCUUGGCAAGGCCUUUGAAUCGGUCUUUGGUGUGGUCACCUGUCUCCCGGGGUGCUUUUGCAUGUACCGUAUCCGAUACCGAGGUGAAGCCCAGCCGGUUCCGCUGAUCAUCAACAACCACAUUGUGAGCGAAUAUGCUGCCGACGACGUCGACACGCUUCACCGCAAGAAUCUGCUCCUGCUGGGCGAAGACCGCUUCUUGACCACGCUGCUCCUCCGGAUGUUUCCGAAGAAGAAGAUGAUUUUUGUUCCGGAGGCGACGUGCUCUACCGAAGUGCCAGACAACUUCAAGACGCUGUUGUCGCAGCGUCGGCGGUGGAUCAACUCGACAAUUCACAAUCUCUUUGUGCUGAUGGGCGUCAAGGAUCUGUGCGGCAUCUUUUGCUUCAGCAUGCAGUUUGUGAUAGCGCUUGAGUUAGUGGGAACACUGAUUCUGCCGGCAGCGAUAUGCUUUGCAAUCUUCUUGAUUCUAUCGGCGAUGUUUUCUGGCAAGGCCGAUCCGACGCCGCUGAUUCUGCUGGCCGUGACCCUGAUUCUGCCCGGAGUGGUUAUCAUCGUUACGGUGCGGCAGUUUGAGUAUCUCAUGUGGCUCGGAAUCUACAUUCUUGCACUCCCGAUCUGGAACUUUGUCCUGCCAAUGUAUGCCUUCUGGCAUUUUGACGACUUUUCGUGGGGUGAAACCCGCAAGGUCAACGGCGACACAACCGGCGGCGACCACUCCAACAGCGGCUCUGGGAUGCAUGACCCAACCAAUAUUCCGUCGCGCACGUAA